UCAUCUCUUUCUGCCUACUUAAACGUAUCAAACACUCGAGGGAAGCAAUUGUAUCAACACGAAACUAAAACAUCUUUGAUAAAUAGCAUACGCAUGUUAUCCAAGAACUGUCGUUAUCUAAAAUUGAGUUAAGCACUUGAUAUUCUACAGGAAACAUUAUAACACAGUCCAAGUCCGAACUCCAAGCAAUUAGUCUGUGAGCUCUGAGAACUGCGAGACAUUUGAAAAUAUCUUUUAACACCCUGGCGAUCAACGAGUACGUUGUCGUUUGACUGAAAAAGCCUUCCUCACGUUCAACUUGAAGUAUCUAACAGCCAAGGAAGGCGAAAGUUGGAAUUAAUUCAAGAGAUUAUACAGUGCGUGUAUAAAAAGAAUACAGAGUGAAGGGUUCUUAGUGUUGUAAGACAUUGGUUGCUGCAGGUAGUUUAAAAAUGGCGGCGAACAGGUAAACGUUUACGUGUGCACUGGCGUUUCGGAGCGAUCCGAUGUGAUAGCAGUGAACCUAUUUUUCUUAUUGUCACAUCGUAUCCACCACGUGAAGACACUUGGGUGUUGCACUGCGACAAAGAAGAUGGAUCAUGAUGGCGAUUUUAAAUGUUCACCCAAGGGUUAAAUGAAUGGUCGCAAUCGGCCGACGCAAAAUUCCGGUAUCUCGCGCUUACUAGUGAGGAAAAGAGGAAGAAAAAACAGACAAGGAUCAGCGAGAGUGAACAACCGCAUUCCACGUUUCACUAGGUGCUACAUCCUGGGAGUACCUUGCCGUCUUGUGAAUUACCAGGUAAAUAUAGCUGCAAGCAUUACAAACACAUAACCAUGGAGCACUCGGACCUAGUGGCGGAAAUGGUCCACGUGGAGAGGCUAACGACACAGGAGAGGUUACAUCUCGCCAGGCAUCGUCGUCUUCAGCAGCUGAAGGUUUGGCGACAAAGAGAGAAAGAAUGGUUGCGCCAUCAGACGCGACACUCUAGCAACAAGCGUCAUAUAUUUUUCAACGACAGUGUCAUGCUCCUGGAAGCAGCAGCUAGGAACGACAUUGACGAAGUGAGAAGACUUCUGAAGAAGGGCGUCAAUCCUGACUCUACGAACGAGGAUGGACUGACGGCUCUACAUCAGUGCUGUAUCGACAAUAACGAGGAAAUGAUGAAGCUUCUCGUGGAAUUUGGUGCUAACGUUAACGCCGAGGACAGUGAAAAAUGGACUCCCCUACACGCAGCUGCGACCUGCGGUCACUUGCACCUGGUCCGGUACUUAAUCGCCAGAGGCGCAAACCUCCUGGCUGUAAACGCCGACGGCAAUAUGCCUUAUGACAUUUGUGAGGACGAGAAGACAUUAGAUUGCAUAGAAGGAGAAAUGGCGAGGCGAGGCGUUACGCAAGAAUUAAUAGACGAGACGAGAGCCUCCACGGAGGUGCAGAUGUUGCGGGACCUUCAAAAAAUCGCUUCUCAGGGCGGGGAUCUAGAGUACAAAGAUCAUCAGGGUGCCACACCUUUACACAUAGCCGCAGCUAAUGGCUACUUGAGGGUGGUCGAGUUUCUUCUAGAUCAACACGUGUCUACAGAUGUGGAAGACAACGACAGAUGGCAACCUGUGCAUGCGGCAGCUUGCUGGGGACACUUAGAAGUUCUUGAACUAUUAGUGCAAAAUGGUGCAGAUCUAAACGCCAAAAACAAACACGACGAGACCCCUGCUGACAUCUGUGAGGACCCGGAGAUCCGAGAACGAAUAAUGGAAUUGAAAACGGAACAGGAGAGUAAACGACUGCGCGAUGCUCAAGGAAGACGAGUGCGCAGGUCACACAGUAUAAACACGAGGACGCAAAGUGUACGCAGGACCUCCAUCAGGGACAAAGUUCUCACGACGAAGAAAGAUGCGCAGGAGGAAGCAAGAUUGAGGAUGCAGGCUCAGCAGACGUACGUCAAUCAAAUUUCUGCACCAACGCAGAACAUUUCAGUAUCAGAAAACAGCACAAACGUCCACGAAGGACCCACCGAAGAAACAGACUCGGCCGCGUUAACACCAGCCGUUCGCAGAGGUCCCGAAGGCAAGGAUAACGACUCCUUUCUUCACGAAGACGUCGACAAGGACUCAGUCGCAGGGCCUGACCCGCCUGUCGGCAACCAGCAGCCCAUUUACACAGCAGACACCGAUGCUAACGGCAAGAUCAACAUACACGUGUCUGUAGUUUUCGUCAAGUCGUUGUCGGACCUGAAGAAGCAGAGGGCGCAGAAUCGUCACACGCCAACCAAUUCCGUCGACGCCAACGGGAACGGGGUACCCGUGCCAAUGACAGCGAUGAACAACGCGGAGAUGACACCUGGCGACUUUCAACGUUACACCGGAAACACGAGCGACAUCGUCAGUGACAACCAUACCGAGAAGAGCUGCUGUCUACUCAUGUAAAACCGGAAGAAGUCAUCGUCCACCCAGAUUGUACCUGGACCGACGUGGAUCGGCUGAUCUUCAUCAGUGGAUCCAGCCUAGAUCAUCACUCGUAUCCAUUGGCUGUUGAUUAACCUGCAAUCGAGCAAAUCCAAGCGUAUAUAGUUACUUUACGAAAGUAUCAAAAUAAUGUAUUUAGACAGUAUUAGAUAUUUAAAGCGCUCCGAUUACUCGUUUUAAUGACGGUCGCUUGGGAUAUGACGUUGUUAACGUGAUGGUCUGUGAGUAAUGAUUCGAUGAUUGGUGAGAACGAGAGACUGGGUGGUAUCUUUGUUUUUUUUUUUUUUUUCGAGGCAAUAUCCUCCUGUCGUUCUUCUCUCUGACAUUCAAAUUUUCCUGGCGGCGUCUUCUCUCUUGCCAUAAGAAUUUUACAUCUGUCAGACCACGCGUUGUCAGUUGAACGUUAGGAAUUCGCCGCUAGAUGGCAAUAGCGUCGGAGUUGAUUCUAUGCAAGUCAUGUAUACACUGCGUUACGUACUUAUUAAACGUACGUUAGAAGGCGGGUAAAAGUAUUACUAAUGUUUUCAAAUUGGUUGUGAGGAAGAUAUGUACUUAAGGAUUGAAGCUCGGAAUCUUCUAUUUAUCAUAUACUUACUUUUUUUGUUGUAAUCUUCUUCCUCUCUAUCGACUGUACGUUCGAUCAAGUUGCUCUUGUUUUUCUUGCGUGAUAAUUGGAAACAUCAUUGACACGCGUUUAUAUUAUACUGCUGAAAUAUUCUUCGUUUGUAUUCUUAUGGGCGAUUCGUACAAUUUGUACAUUUAUGAUUAUACAAAGUUAUUCAGUAGAAACGAAUCACCUGAAGUUAGCGCGUUUAUUUGAGUCUUAUGGUAAAACCAUGUUCAGAUGGUGCGUUUCGGCUGAAUAAUCUGGUAUAUGUCUUUAAUUGUGUAAUAUAUACAGAUGAUAUACGUACGUUAUACGUUAUGUAUGUCGUACGUGCAUCUUGCGGCUCGGUGCAGCUUAUUAUUCAUGCGUACUUAAUCUAUAACUUUAUUUAUUGCUAUUAACGUUAGUAGAAGUACGUACCGUCCUUGAUAAGUAAAUCUUUUAUUCUGUAUAAGCUGUACGGGCCUUCCCGUUGUUUCCGUUAGUCUUCUGUUAAUAUUUCCUUUUUAUUUUAUAAAAUGAUGUUUAACGAAAGACUAUGGCGAGGACAAAACGAUUAUCUUCCAAUAUUACCUAGGAGUAAGCACACGAGUUUCGUAUACUUUUUCUAUAAGGAUGUUGUAGUGUGAGAAUGAGAGAGAGAGAGAGAGAGAGAGAGAGAGAGAGAGAGAGAGAGAGAGAAUGUUAUUUCUCAUAACAUACUACACAAACGAGAUCAGGUACACCACAAAAUCCAGUGCAAGAUUAUAAACAGUAUUGUUUUUGUACUUAACCAUCAGAUGCGUAUUGUACAGAAAAAUUUUUAUUUUUUUUUUAAAUUUUACAAAUACUUUUUACUCAAAAUUUCUCUUUCGAUACCCACGCUGACAAACGCAUAACAAUACAGUCAAUACUAGGUGGCUAAACUCGUGGACCAAAACAAUCUAUUUUGGCAGAUGAAUCUGUACUCAGUCUUAUCUGAUAUCCUGUAAUCAGUAUCUGAAUGCAUUCGAUUAACUUGAUGAAUGAGAAUUGAGAUCGGAGUGUAAAUUGCUUGGGAAUAUACUGCAAGGACAAGUGCUAUUGACUGUCAUGAGAGAAUUGAAGGGGAGAAAUAUUUGUCGUACUUCUUGAAACGAGACUGUUUGUUCGUUUUGUUGUUUGCUUUCGAUUGAAAGAUUUGUUCAAUUACUUUUACACGUCCGAAUGAAAUGACUCGAAUUACAUUUUCAUGGCUGUCGUGGGAGUCGUUAGAUUCGAUUGACUUGUGCAAUUUGACAGUCAAUUUUUUUUAGUCAGUCUGCUCUUUUAUAUUUAUCGUAGAAAUUAUUACACCUAUAUGUAUAUAGAUAUUCGAUAUUUUAUUUUCAAUACGAAAUAAGCCAAUCCAUGGCUGACACGUCCCAGAGACGUCCGAGAAAUGUCCUACGCGUGUCUUUUGGCAGUUUGCGCUGUACGUAUUGUCACUCACGAAUAAUUGCUCAUUAUCGUAACUCGGUUUAAUGAUCAAAAUCAUACGAUGACUGCGCGAGAGCGUUCUUUUUUUUGUUGUCACGUGCAAGUUAUUUAACUCGUUUACGAUAACGCGAAUUUUAUCAGCCACCUCAUUGUAAAUCGGCCAAUUUAUAUUGACGAGGAAAAGCGACUCUGUAAAAAAAUUUUUUAUUAACAGAGACGUAGGCGAUAUCGUUUUAGUCGAGGAAUUUAGCGUUCGCAUUGGUUUUUUUUUUUUUUUUUUUUUUUUU